GCGGUUCUCGCUUGUAUGCGUACGACAACAUCGAGGCGGUGGGGAUACCCUGCUUCGAUACUCUCGAUGCUGUCCGGCGCGAUUUGGCAUCUCUGGUCAGAGAGAACCAUAUGUCUAUCCUUGGCACUCUCAUGUCAUCUAUCCUUGUUUUGGUUGGAUUUGGUCCUGAGAGAAGGCGCCACCUACUCGAUAGCAUAGCGGUUGAGUAGCAGCUGAGCGAACUUUUGCCAGCGAUUCAGCAUCCUCUUAAGCGCUUACAGCAUGCUUGCUCGUGUUGUGCGCAUCCUCUUCACGCUGCCGCAUGCUGUAAGCGUCUAAAAAACUGUAAACACUGGCGUCGACUUAUAAUCAACCGUUGAAAAGUCGACUGUAAGGUAACUUUAAAUCGACGAGAGAGAUAAGUAUAUUAUUAUAUAAUUUUCAAUACUCUUAAAAUAUACUUAAAAAACAACCGACGCAAUGAUCACAAUGAUUAAUUGACAUUUAAUGAGACUGGAGGCGUCAGAUAUACACAAAUGCAUAAAUAUAUAUGUUACAAGACUAAUGUGACAAGACCAAUAAGAGCACGAACAAUGUUGUUUGUGUGGUGAAACGUUUGUACACUCUAUAUAUUCAAUAAAUUUUCAACACACAAACAACAGUGUUCGUGCUCCCAUUGGCCUUGUGAUAUUACUGUGUUUAUCUUGGAUAUUUGGAGCCUUCAUCACCAUGCUGAUUAAAUGCAAUUAUGUUUAAGUCGACAAUAAUUAUAUUUAAUUUACCCUUUAAAAACCAUCUAAUUGUCGGCAAAUAGGUGACUCUAGUCAAUUUAUACUCGAUUUUCGAAAGUCAACUUUAAGUCGUCUGCUAAAAGUCACAAAGUCAAACUUAAAAGUUACCUAUAACUUGACUGAAAAAGGUCGACUAUAAGUCGACAAUCAGUCACUCGUGUUGUGUGGAUUACCUUGCUCCAACACAUGUGUGCUGCGAAACAUUGAAAUAAAACAUCGUAGUUGAUACAGAAUUCAUGCCAAUUGGCCGACGCAAGCCGUUCAGUGAACAGAUCGCACACGCGCAUUACAUAUAUAACCGCGCAAAAGUUUUAUAAAUUUACAACCAGUAGACAAUUGUGCAAUUGAGUUCCGCCAUAUAUUAACACACAUUAACUCACACAGAAGCGUACUCACACCUGCGGUAUAAUGUUGAGAAUAUUUCGUUUUCAUGACGUUUGAUUCAAAUGUCAUCCGACACAAACGUUUAUGCGGAAAAUGAACUGAGAAAGCGAUGCAAAUUUAAAACAAAUGAUNAGUAAUAUGGAGCGUAUCAAGCCAUCCGGACAGCCGCCCAAAGUUUGGGAAGUACUUGAAAAAAUAGGUAAGGACGGAAAACGGAAAAAAUUCACGAUUCAAGAGAUUCCUGAGGACAGAUACGAGGAAGCUGUUCAACAUAUGUGCACAUACUUCUUGGCUGACGAACCGGUCUGCGCGUGUUUGAAUGUCAAAAAUAAUCCCGCAUUCGUAAAGGCCAUCUGUACAACGUGGCGUCAAUCGCUUUCGCUAGGUAUAUCUGUAGCAGCGUUCACCGACAAUCCCGAUGGCGGAAAACCCAUACUCGCGGGUAUGAACGUACUUAUUAUUGAGUACAAAGAGAAAAAAGACGCCAUUUCAAAUUUCAAGUGUUCACCGGAAAAACGCCAAAAUAAAUUUAGAUUCACGGAUUUCUCCGACAUAGUGUACAAUCGUUACGGAAUAGACAAGUAUCUGUACGCUACUGGACUCAUCGUAACACCGGAGUUUCGAGGAUACGGAUUAGGCACGGAUAUUCUAAAAAUCAGGAACCACGUCGGUCGCGAAUACAAUAUCCCGGCAACGUCUACGGUGUUCACGUCGAUAAUCUCGCAAAACUCAGCGGCGAACGCGGGAUUCGAGGUAUUCCAGGAGAAAAAGUUCACCGACAUUGUCGACGAAAACGGAGAAGAACGUUUUCCUGGUGUUAAAUCUCACGUACUAAAAGUUAUGGGAAAAAGAUUGCUUUAACUGUACGCACAAAAUAAUACAUGAUAAAAAAUUUUAAUAUAAACCAUUUCGACAAUAAAAGAGAAUAUUUUUAAUAAUAUUGAGAGAUUGACGACAAAAUAGUUUAAAAAGUAGCAACUUUUCAAACUCAUAUUGUAAAUUUACGCGUUUAUGUGAAAUAAUGUAACGUGACGUGUUUUACCAUUAUGAACGUGCGUGACAAGUAUUAUUUGUUAUUAGGUGUAUCGCUUCUUGCGUUUGGAAUUAUUUUUCUUUGUAACGCAACGAUUUCAAACGGUUUAAUUGUUGCAGCUUUACUCUCAGUAAGUCGCAUAAUUUAGCUUUUCGAUGUUACUUGUGUAUGUGUGUUUUACAGUUUUUACAAA